AUGGCGACACAGCACCAGGAGCCUAUUCGUAGAGAGCCGCACGGGCGUAGCAAUGCCAAGCGCCUUCUAACGUGGACUGAGGACGGCACCCUUCCCGCGCCGAGCCAUGCCAACACAAGUUCCUUUUCGCCGGCUGCGGCCGCUUUCUCCAGUCAUGCUGGCCUCCGCGGACCGGAGGCAUCCGGCGGGGAACCUUGCGGCGCAGCUGCUGGCGAGCCCCUGAAGCGUCGUCGACUCCUGGGCGCGGAGAGCGAUUCGCUGCGCCCUUCGCCCGGGAGAAAUGAGGGAAGUCCGCCUGAGGGACUGUGCGGUCAAGCCGCGAGGCCCGCCGAUGCUGCGCGCUCGCCGUCGGAUGCCGCUGCUUCGCCGUCUCGGUCUGCUCAAGCCCAAGCCGCAGUGCGCGACGACGAGGAGUACCUGUUAGAGGAGUCAAGCCUGCUAGACAGAACUUCGAGUAUGGCCUCAGUCGAAGUGGAUAUGAUGAGCGACGGCGGAGCCAGUCCGCCGAAAGUCUCCCCGACGCCUGCAUUCACUCCAACACAGAUUUCAGCACAUCUCAGCGGCGCAGACCAACACGCCGCGGCUGCUGGCACUGCGCAGCGGCCGGCGCCCAGCACGCCUCGCGCAGGACACCCAGGCGACGUGUGCUUCGCGAUCAUACCUGUCCCCGCGGAGUCGUCGACUUGCAUCCCAGGCGUCGCUCGCGAAGACGGCGAAACCCGAUGUCGUUCUCCGCAUCAGGUGCGCCGCCGAUGCAGCCCGACGCUCACGCCGCUGUCAGAAAUGAUUCGAAACCCCGAAGUGGCGAAACUCCUCCGAGAGGCAUCGGCGAACCCCCUCGACGACUUACAGCGCCAGGGCGAUGGUUUUCUGUUGACCGAGAUCCUGCGGAAACAGCGCGGAGCGGUCCUGGUGAGGCCAGUCAGGGAGCUGGGGGACUUUGGAGUGAGCGACGUGAGUUUGAGCGCCCUCUACGACCUUGCCGAAGGCCCCUACGCGCUAGACAACACGCGUCAAACUGGAGAAAAAGCUGCUACACGGGCGCCGCCGGCUGCGUCCGAGGGGGAGGAGGACGCAACCAUGGAGUGA